GUUGAUUUCUUUAAUAUACUAAUUUUGCCAAAUGAUACUUAAUUUCAGACACUUGACAUUGUUGCAUUUUUCAGUUCAGUUUAUAUCUUUCACAGGCCACCCGUGAACUCUCUGCAUAUUUCCCAUGAUCGAAGUUCACUAAUGAACUCUAUCAGUUGCCAGCAACUGGAGCACAAACUCUCACCUUUUGGGCGCAAAUUGAUCUCCUCCGUUGCCUUUGCUGGUAGCACAUCUAGUUUCCCUGAGCAGCCCCCUAUUCAGUUUCUCACCAAAUCGAGAAAUAUUAUUCACUCAAAACCCGAAAUAUCCCAUGCCCAUCUCAUUAAGACUCAGAAUCUUGAAGGCAAUACACAUGCUGCAAAUUCUGUGCUUCAUAACUAUGGUGAAUAUUCAAGAAUGGACAAUGCAGCCAAGGUGCUUGAAGAAAUGCCUAAACAAAAUUCUGUUUCAUGGAAUUUGAUGAUUUCUAAUUCAAAUAAAGCAUUACUGUACCAAGAUUCUUGGAGGCUAUUUUGUAGGAUGCACAUGUUGGGGUUUGACAUGAAUAUGUAUACUUAUGGUAGUAUUCUUUCUGCCUGUGGUGCUUUAACAUCUACAUUGUGGGGUGAGCAGGUUUAUGGGCUUGUGAUGAAAAAUGGGUUUUUUUCGGAUGGAUAUGUAAGAUGUGGGAUGAUAGAAUUGUUUUCUAGAAGCUGUAGGUUUAGUGAUGCUUUAAGGGUGUUUUAUGAUUAUCUGUGUGAUAAUGUGGUUUGCUGGAAUGCUAUCAUAUCGGGAGCGGUGAAAAAUAGGGAGUAUUGGGUUGCUUUGGAUAUUUUUAGACUAAUGUGGGGUGAGUUCUUAAAGCCUAAUGAAUUUACUAUUCCAAGUGUACUGAAUGCUUGUGUUUCAUUGUUGGAACUUCAAUUUGGCAAAAUGGUUCAUGGAGCGGCUAUAAAAUGUGGUCUGGAAAGUGAUGUUUUUGUGGGGACUUCUAUUGUUGAUUUGUAUGCAAAAUGUGGGUUUAUGGAUGAAGCAUUUAGGGAACUCAUGCAGAUGCCAGUCAGCAAUGUUGUUUCUUGGACUGCAAUGCUAAAUGGUUUUGUGCAGAAUGACGAUCCUAUUUCUGCAGUUCAAAUUUUUGGAGAAAUGAGGAAUAAAGGGAUAGAGAUAAACAACUACACUGUCACCUGUGUGCUUGCUGCCUGUGCUAAUCCUACUAUGGCAAAAGAAGCAAUCCAAAUCCAUUCUUGGAUCUAUAAGACUGGAUAUUAUCAGGAUUCAGUUGUGCAAACGUCUUUUAUCAAUAUGUACUCGAAGAUAGGAGAUGUUGCCUUAUCUGAACUAGUCUUUGCAGAGGCUGAAAAUCUGGAGCACUUAAGUUUGUGGUCUAAUAUGAUAUCUGUUCUUGCCCAGAAUAGUGAUUCUGACAAGUCAAUUCAUCUAUUUCGGAGAAUAUUCCAAGAGGACUUGAAACCUGAUAAGUUCUGUUGUUCUAGUAUCUUGGGAGUUGUAGACUGUCUAGACUUGGGUAGACAGAUACAUAGCUAUAUCCUUAAAUUAGGGUUAAUCUCUAAUCUUAAUGUGAGCAGCUCUCUGUUCACGAUGUACUCAAAAUGUGGUAGUAUAGAGGAAUCAUAUAUUAUAUUUGAGCUGAUUGAGGAUAAGGAUAAUGUCUCAUGGGCCUCAAUGAUUGCUGGUUUUGUAGAACAUGGUUUUUCAGAUAGAGCCGUUGAACUUUUCAGAGAGAUGCCCGUGGAGGAAAUCGUUCCUGACGAAAUGACAUUAACUGCUGUCCUUAAUGCAUGUAGUUCUCUUCAGACCUUGAAGUCUGGGAAAGAAAUUCAUGGCUUCAUUCUUCGGCGUGGUGUUGGUGAGCUUCACAUUGUCAAUGGUGCCAUUGUGAAUAUGUAUACCAAGUGUGGUGAUCUAGUUUCGGCAAGAAGUUUCUUUGAUAUGAUACCCCUUAAAGAUAAGUUUUCAUGUUCUUCCAUGAUAACUGGAUAUGCUCAAAGGGGUCAUGUGGAAGACACACUUCAGCUGUUCAAGCAAAUGCUGAUAACUGAUUUAGAUAGUAGUUCCUUUACAAUUUCUUCUGUUCUUGGGGUUAUUGCUCUUUCUAACAGAUCUCGCAUUGGUAUCCAAGUGCAUGCACAUUGUAUAAAAAUGGGAUCACAAUCAGAAGCAUCAACGGGAAGUUCAGUAGUUACGAUGUAUUCAAAAUGUGGAAGUAUUGAUGAUUGCUGCAAAGCAUUCAAAGAAAUUUUGACACCUGAUUUGGUUAGCUGGACUGCUAUGAUUGUAAGCUAUGCUCAAAAUGGAAAAGGGGGUGAUGCGUUGCAAGUAUACGAGUCAAUGAGGAAUUCAGGAAUCCAGCCUGAUUCAGUAACUUUUGUUGGUGUUCUUUCUGCUUGUAGCCAUGCUGGUCUGGUUGAAGAAGGGUAUUUUUUUCUAAAUUCAAUGAUGAAAGACUACGGAAUUGAACCUGGUUAUCGCCAUUAUGCCUGUAUGGUAGAUCUUCUCAGUCGCUCUGGUAGAUUAACUGAGGCUGAGAGAUUCAUUUGUGAUAUGCCUAUAAAACCUGAUGCAUUGAUCUGGGGAACAUUACUUGCUGCUUGUAAAUUGCACGAUGAAGUUGAGCUAGGAAAGCUGGUAGCAAAAAAGAUCAUAGAGUUGGAACCGAGUGAAGUUGGUGCAUAUGUCUCAUUGUCAAAUAUCUGGGCUAGUUUGGGCCAAUGGGAUGAAGUAUUGAAAAUAAGAGGUUCAUUGCGAGGAACUGGGAUAUCAAAGGAGCCUGGAUGGAGUUCUUUGUGAAAUGCAUUUUCAGUACAAUAAAUCCUUGCACCUGCUCUUUACUUGUUGGUGUAUGAAUGUUCUUCAAGGCAGGGAACAUUCAAAGGAGCUGGGAGAGAUCAAGGUACUGAUGCGAUCUGAACUAGACAAUUUACUUUGCUGAAUUCAGACGUCACUAAUUAUUCUCUCUUGCGGAUGGUUUCAACCACGAAGAAUAUAUAACAAAUGUUUUAUAAAGAUAAUGUAGUCAUUUUCGUGUAUAAACACAGUCAAACACACUAAAAUACCAUCAGGGAAUGGCCUUGGCAAGUGCCGGUGUGUCUCAACAACGUGGAUGUACGCCUCUUGCAGUUCCAUCAACAAUCAACCAAGCACAUCUGCAGUGAUUUCCUAGUUUAACUUUAGUAUAGGGUUCUUCUGUCAUCCCAUGAACUGGUUCUGCUGGUAAGUAUUUCUCAAGAACAUGAGAUAUAUACUUCAUCAAAUAAAAGAAAAAUAAUACAUUUCUCUAAAGGGAUUGAGGAGAAAAUUUGGAUAAUUUCAUUUUCUUGUUUCCAGUAGGUAUUUAUUGAAAUCAUUGAAUGGUGA